AUGAAUCCAAAAAUAUCUGACCUGAUACCUCAAGAAGACAAAGAUUUUGACAAGCAACAUAUAUGGCAUCCAUAUUCGUCCAUGUCAAAACCACUUCCAUGCUAUCAUGUGAAAUCAGCGUCCGGCGUCCGCUUAUACCUUGAUUCCGGACAAUCAUUGAUCGAUGGAAUGUCGUCAUGGUGGUGCGCAAUUCAUGGAUAUAAUCAUCAAGAGUUGAAUGAUGCCUUGGUAAAGCAAGUUAACCUCAUGUCACAUGUGAUGUUUGGAGGAAUCACUCAUGAUCCGGCAAUCCAAUUGUGCAGACACUUGGUCGAAUUGACAAACCCCAAGUUGGAGUGUGUCUUUUUGUGCGACAGUGGGUCUGUAUCCGUUGAAGUAGCUUUGAAGCAGGCCAUUCAAUAUUGGGAUUCUAAAAGACAACCCGAGAAGAAAAAAUUCUUGUCUAUCAAGAGAGGUUAUCAUGGCGAUACAUUUGGAGCGAUGUUUGUGAGUGACCCAGAAAAUUCAAUGCAUUCCAUUUACACAAGCUAUGGUCCAGAUAAUAUAUUUGCAGAGGCACCACAAAUAGGGUUUGAUGAUGAAUGGAACGAAGCUGAUAUCGAGGACUUCAAGAGAAAAAUCGAGAAACAUCAUAAGAUUAUUGCUGCAGUUAUCUUGGAACCCAUUCUUCAAGGAGCCGGGGGAAUGCGCAUGUAUAACCCUCAGUAUUUAAAAAGAGUACGUGAACUUUGUGAUAAGUACGAUGUUUUGCUUGUGUUAGACGAGAUUGCCACUGGUUUUGGAAGAACAGGUAAACUCUUUGCCCAGGAACAUGCCAAUAUCUGCCCUGAUAUCAUGUGUGUUGGAAAAGCUAUAACGGGUGGAUAUUUAACUUUGGCUGCAGUAAUUUCCACCAGAAGCGUGGCAAAUGUCAUCAGUGGUGGCCGAACUGGUUGCUUCAUGCAUGGGCCUACUUUUAUGGGGAAUCCAGCUGCCUGUGCUGUAAGUGUUAAGAACUUGGAAAUUCUCAGAACUGGAGCUUGGAAAUCUCAGGUCGAUACUAUAGAAAAGAUAUUACUAAAGAAGUUCAAACCAUUGAUGGAAUCUGGCCAUAGAAAAAUUAGACAGAUCCGUGUACUUGGUGCGGUAGGCGUGAUUGAAAUGAAGAAUCCAAUUGAUGUUGCGUUAUAUCAAAGGAGGUUUGUCGAAUUAGGUGUCUGGGUUCGUCCUUUUGGGAAAUUGUUGUAUAUCAUGCCGCCAUAUAUUAUUAGUGAAGACGAUUUGAAUCACCUUGUUUACUCUUUAAUAAGCGUUGCUACGGAUGAAUCUCUUGCCUAGAAAAGUUUGUCAGUCUUUAUUCAAAAAAUUAAGUAGAAGCAAUUUUAGAUAUAUAUAGUUCUUCUGAGAUAUCAGUACAUACCAUAUACUAUAUUUUGUGCCACUAAUGACUUUGUCUACUUGAUAAAAUUUCCUGUUCUCUCGGUAAAAAAAAGUCUAUGCAAUUGGAUAGACAUUUAGAUUUCCUAAAUGGUAGAAAGAUAAGAGUGGUAACAAAUCCCUUGAAGUUCUGUCUAUGGGUGUUAUUACAACUAUAGCGUUCUUUUACAUUUUUUGAUUAUUGCUCUGUACUAAAAUGUGCCAUUAAAUUCUAAUGUGAGUUUAUUUCUAAGUGUUCAAUAGAAAUUACUGUAGAAUAAUAUCUCUAAUAAAGUCUUUUCUGGUUGGAUUAUAUGACUCUGAAUAAGAUGCUUGGUUAGAUAUUAUACUUCAACUGUUGAAGUCUGAUCAACUAUGAAUUGCUUUGUGUAAA